CUCUCUAAGUCGCCAUUUUGUAAAUUCGUAUUUCUUUCCGAAUAAAAAAUGCUCAGUUCAAGAGCAAUGUCGCCGAGUAUUUCUCGGGUGCUUUCCGCGACUGUGGUGAACGUAUCAAGCACAGUGAGAAACCCGACAACAGCGCUUCCGAGUAAAGACAAAGUAAAGAUUCCAACCACAGGAUAUGAAGCUGUAUUUCAGUCAGUGAAUGGUUUUGCCCCGGCAUCAACGAAUAAAAUGUUUGGUAAAACUCAAAUGAGAUUCAGCCAUACUGAUGUCCAAGUGCCUGAUUUUUCUGCAUAUCGACGACCGACUUCCAACGAGAAAGGCCAACCGCUUGAUGCGGACAUGGGUCGACGUGCAUUUACGUAUGUUGUGAUGGCAGGCAUGGGUAUUACAGGAUUGCAUGCUGGAAAGAAUGCUGUAACAAAUUUCCUACAAACAAUGUCUGCCAGUGCUGAUGUUUUGGCCCUCGCUAAAAUCGAAGUGGAUCUUACCACAAUUCCAGAGGGGAAGAAUGCCGCCUUGAAAUGGAGAGGUCGGCCUCUAUUUGUUCGUCAUAGAACGGCUGCCGAGAUUGAAGAUACGAAGAGUACCAAUCUUGCCGAGUUAAAAGAUCCACAGCAUGAUGAUGAUAGAGUUCAGCGACCAGAGUGGUUGGUCUUGCUUGGUGUCUGCACCCAUCUCGGCUGUGUACCCAUUGCCAAUGCUGGUGAUUUUGGUGGUUAUUACUGCCCAUGUCACGGUUCCCAUUAUGAUGCCUCUGGUCGGAUCAGGAAAGGUCCAGCCCCAUUCAACCUGGAGAUCCCUGAAUAUAGUUUCACUGAUGAAACCACGCUUGUUGUUGGAUAAAGAUAAAACAUAAUUAUUUAACUUUUAUAUGAAGUGACUUCAAUUAUACAUAUAUACAGGAUCUAAAGAUUGCGGUAUUUUAAUUUCAGAAUGUUUAACAAGGCUUUCCACAGUUUUGUCAUGCUAUAAGAUCUUGGAAAAUGGUUAUUUAAAAAAUGAAAAUACGUUUUAAAGUAGUGUGUUUUUUGUGUUCAAAAUAAUGAAAUAUUUGUUGUAUUCUUCAAAAUAAUGAAGUAUUUGUUAUACAUAUCUCUCAGUAUGGCCAAAAAU